AUGUCCUCCCAGGUCCGACUGAAGCUGCUGCCCAGUGCCAGGUGUUUGUUUGAUGACCCCGUCCAGUUGAAGGUGGCCGGACUGAGGUCCAGACAGGUGGUCACCAUGAGAGCCAGAUCUUCUGACGACAAAGGAGUGGUCUUCAGCUCCUCGGCGACCUACAGAGCGGACAGAAACGGGGAGAUCGACUUGAAUAAAGACCCCUCACUGGGUGGGACGUACGUUGGUGUUGAACCCAUGGGUCUGUUGUGGUCCAUGAAACCAGACUCUUUACACAAAAGGUUUCAUAAAACAAACUCACUAAACCCACAUGUGGUGAAGUUUUCUGUUCACGAGGAGGAGGAGGAUAGGACACUGGCCGAGGUGACCAAUGAGAGACUUCUGAACAGCAGUGCGGUCUGCAGGACCCCCGUCAAAGAGGGGAACAUUCGUGGAGUCCUGUUCACCCCCCGAGGUCGGUCUUUUCCCAACACUGUUAUUUUUGAACGGCUCUCGUAGUAAAUGAUGUCUGAUGAUGUUCUCCAUGUCUGUCCCCGGGUCCAGGACCUGGUCCUUUCCCUGCUGUGUUGGACCUCUACACCUUCGGCGGGGGUUUGUCAGAGAAAAGAGCGUCUAUGCUGGCUAACCGAGGAUUCGUGGUUCUGACGGUCGCUCUGUACGGCCAUGAUGACCUGCCGAAAAGGAUCAGAGAAGUUCACCUGGACUACUUUGAGGAGGCAGUCGAGUUUCUGAAGAGGCAGGAGAAGGUGAGUUCAUGUUCAGGUAUGUGGAGUAGGGAUGGGAAUUGAUUUAUCGAAUUGCUUAUCGAUUCAUUUUUUUUUCACGAUUCCCUUAUCAAUAUCUUUCUUUGAUUAAAAAAACUAGACUAUAGGUUUAACUCAAAAUGUUAUUGAGUCUCUGAUAACAGAAACAGAUGUCUGCUCCUUCAGUGAGAGUCUAAAAUAAUCAAACAGAAAUUAUAUUUAUACAGCGUUUCUGACAUUGUGUUCAUGUUAACACAGGACAUACGUUAGCGUGACAAUAUUCUGAAUCCCCCAAAAAGAGGACACGACUACGCAGGGAGGACUUGUCAGCGAAACUUUGAGGGUUUUUUGGUCGGGUCGAGUGAUAUCCUGAAUUCCCAAAGACAGCGCAUGCGUGCGUCGCGUCAGCGGCUUUGCUUAGAAGUGAGCGGAGGGGCGGAGCUGCAGAGAGGACUGAUGCUCUGCACUGUUUUAUAAUGAAUGAAUACAUGUUCCCGACAUUUGAAGGAUCUUAUUAACUCCCCCCAAAAGUGGACAUGUCAUAUGUACCUUCCAUGCCGGGUUGAGACGGAACAGCAGCGGCUGAUGACGGAGAACAUCGAACACAUGUGACUCCUUAUAUUUGAUGCCGUCCCCCAUUGACAAAUGUUGAAGCAUGUUGCUGGUGUUUCCACCUUUGCAUGUUAUCACUGCUCCGCAAACCUUGCUUUGUUGUCGUCUUUCUUACCCGGGAUUUCCACCACAUCCAGAACGGCUGUAAUUUUCUCCGUACGCUGGAUCUGUUUGUGAGGUGAAUUUCACAGCAGAUUAUAAACAGCAGGAUUUGUGGAUUCACGUUCAAUCGUGCGAUAACGAGUUGUCUCUCUAAAGACAGACACAUAGACAUAUAAGCAGUAGAUUGUGUCCUUCCAGAGGAGGAAAUCUACUUCUAGACUUCUAGAAUCAGCAUCUCCUCAUCCAUGGUGUCAUCGGGGUGAAAUGACGUCUAAAAACCUUUCACUUGGAGUGUUUUAUUUUGAAAAGAAGCCGGAUGUUUUAUUUUGUGUCUGUGCCCGACUUCCUUUCCAGCACGGGUUAAUCUGUGCUGAAUUUAUCCGCCAUGCUCCGGCGUCCAGGAAAAAUAGAACUCUUGUGAUAAGCCGAGGAGUCCGACGAUCCGCAGAGGAACGGAAAGAAGUCGGUGUAAAUUGACACGUUAACUUGAAUGGUUACGAUCAGCUACGAUCGGCGGAUACGACUUUUUCGUAGCUGUUCCAGAUGCGGUGGAAAUUGCCGGUUAGUAAAAAGAAGCCACGCUUUCGAUCGUUUCUGCGUACUUUUCGUACCACCCACCAUGUUUUUUUCUCCGUCUCUGUUCCCGUUUUUUUAAGGCACCCAGAAGAAAAUAAUCGUUGAGAUAAAAUGUAGAUGAUGUCGAUGGAUUGAACCAUUUAGAACCGGUUCUCAAUUCCCAUCCCUAAUCUGGAGUUCCACCUUCAUGAGCGCCGUGGGGGACUGUGAGGGUCAGCUGAUAACCUGGGCGUGUCAUCCACAGGUUGGCGGAGAGGGAGUCGGCGUGGUGUCGAUGUCAAAGAGUGGAGACCUGGCUCUCUCCAUCGCCUCGUACCUGUCCGGUGUUCAGGCCACCGUCUGGAUCAACGGCUGCUCCGCCAACACCGCUUUCCCUCUGUACUAUCAGAAGAUCCAGAUCCUCCCAGCUCUGCUCUUCGACAUAAACAAGGUCGUUCCCACCGAGUCUGGAGCCUGUAUCACCAAGGACGCGGUUCUGGACCCCCUGGCAGAGGAGAACCGGGCCACUAUCGUCCCCAUCGAGAGGGCGAAGGGGCGCUUCCUGUUUGUGGCCUCAGAGGACGACCUGAACUGGGACAGCAAGGCUUACAUGGACAUGAUGGUGGACAGACUGAAGCAUCAUGGGAAGGACAACUUUGAGAGUGUGUGUUACCCUGGAGCGGGACACUACCUGGAGCCUCCUUAUGGACCCUACUGCCCCUCCAGUUUUCACGGGGUCUUGGGGAGGGCGGUCCUUUGGGGGGGUGAGGCCAGAAGUCACGCAGCGGCUGAGGUCCUCAUGUGGGAGAAGAUCCAGGAGUUCUUCAGAGUCAAUCUAAACUGUGAUGCUGCAAAUGCAAGAGCAAAGUUAUAG